AUGCUCCGCCAACUAGCUAUUGCUGCCAUUCUGGCCUGCAACCCGUUGCUUGCCUCUGCUGCACUAGGCGUCCAGCAACCCAUCAAGCCCCCAACCCUGGGCACAGACACCGUACACGGCUGCUACUCGAGCAAAGGCUCGCUGGAUAAUGGCAGACCUGUGGACUUCAACAGUCAGGGCGAGUGCAACAAGGUCUGUCGGGACCAGCUGAAGAAGGCCGUGGCCGCGACCUAUUCAGGCACAUGCUACUGUGGCGACGAGUAUCCGCCUUCCUCAUCAAUAGUCGCCCCGGCCAAAUGCAACGAGCCCUGCCCCGGAUACGACCAGCAUGCCUGUGGUGGACUGGGGACCUUCACGGUCUACAACACGGGAUUCAGGGUCAGCGUUGGUGAAUCUGAGCCUGACACAACUUCAAGCGCUCCCGUCAGCUCGGGGACAACCCCCCCUGCUGCCUCAAGCAGCACUGCUGCCCCAUCUGCUCAGCCAGUUACAGACGACAACUCUAGUAGUGGCCCGCCCACGGUCGCUAUUGCGGUAGGCGUCGUCGUCGGCAUUCUUGCCAUCACCGGUGUUGCUGGCGGUGUAUUCUUCUUCAUGCGCCGCAAGCGUAACAACGAGAUCGAGGAGGAACACCGCCGCAAUGCUGCCGUCAAUGCCUUCAUCAACGGUGGCAAGCCGCCCGGAAGCAGCGAUGGCCUUUCCAUGUCCGACUCACGGCUGGACCCGGUCAUUGCCAACCGCCGCAUGAGCGAUGGCAGCAUCGCAGACAACCAAGACUACUCGCGUCGUAUCCUGAGGGUAGGCAUAUUAUUCCACUUGUAA